GAAAGCGACAGAUGGAGAAAGAAAAUGAUUUGUAUUUUCUGUAGAAUAUUACAUCAUGUAAUCUUUCUCUCACUCUCAGAUCAGAGAGUUGACACAUGGACACCAUUAGAAGAACACUGCUGAGACAGCCUCCCUCCUCUUCCUGCUCUGUCUAUCAUCGUCACUCAGUAGGAGGGGCUGAGGGUAACGAGGUGGGUGGGAUUGAGUUGAAGCUCGACCAACCAGAGUCUGAGGAGGAGCUGGAAGCGGAGCCUAAAGGUGACAUCACAGCCUUGAUGUUACGGCAACCGCUGCAUCACAGGAAGACCGUAAUCUACCUCUGUCUCUCAACACUCAUAUUCACUACAGCGUUUCUAUUGGGCUAUGUGGCGUUCCGUGGGUCGUGCCACUACUGUGGUGUUGAGGGGGAGAUGGUCCCUGCGGAGGAUAAGCCUGGAACAGACCAUGACAACCAGGUGGGGGGUAUGUACCUGGGGGAACUACGGGACAUGCUGAAGAAAUACUUGCAAGACGAGAGGAUAGAGAGCACUGUCAGGCGAGUCAGCAGGACGACCCACCCAUCGGGGUCCUCGGAGGGGACAGCUCUGGCAGCAGAGAUACUAGCGACGUUUAAAGAUCUCCACAUGGACCACACCUGGACCGACUCACACUAUGCUACACUACAGUUCCCCUCCAGGAUCCAGAGGAACUCUCUAUGGAUGGUGGAUUCACAGGGCGAGGUGUUGGAGGAGAUUCCUCUGGAAGAUCCAGACUCCUACUGUGCCUACAGCGCUAUCGGCACCGCCACGGGGGGCGUGGUGUAUGUAAAUUACGGCCGCCAGGAGGAUUUUGACUGGCUGCGGUCUGCGGGAGUGUCUGUGGUUGGCUGCGUGGUAGUGAUGCGUGUGGGGGGCGGGGUUAGUUAUGCUGAGAAGGUGCUAUUGGCUCAGAAGGCUGGAGCAGGAGGAGCCUUAAUCUACCCAGAUCCUGCUGACAUCCCUCAGGACCCUCGACGCCUGGGGCUGAACAGUUACACCGCUAUAUCAGAACACGUCCAUCUGGGAUCAGGCGACCCCUUCACCCCUGGCUUCCCCUCCUUCAACCACACCCAGUUCCCGCCCACACAGUCCUCUGGCCUGCCUGUCAUACCUGCUCAGCCAAUCAGUGCCAACGUAGCCUCCAAGCUACUCAGUCAGUUGACCGGUCCAGUGUGCCCGCGCGGUUGGCAGGGCCGGCUGCCAUACGUCCAUUGUGUCCUGGGGCGGGGCUUCACCUCUGGAGACGGCAGGAGGAUCAGGAUGGGGGUCUAUAACACCAUGACUCCUGUUCUACUGAACAACAUCUUCUCGUCUCUGGAUGGAAGGAUAGAACCUGACCAGUACAUUAUAAUGGGGGCCCAGAGAGAUGCGUGGGGGCCGGGGGCGGUGAAGGCCGGGGUUGGAACAGCCAUCCUACUGGAGCUGGCUCGGACCUUCAGCACCAUGGUGCAGAACGGGUUUUACCCCAGGAGGAGUCUGUUGUUUGUCAGUUGGGACGCUGGAGACUUUGGGAACGUUGGUGCCACAGAGUGGUUGGAGGGUUACCUGUCCAUGCUACACCUGAAGGCUGUGGCGUACUUCAGUCUGGACCAGGCGGUUAUGGGUGAUGAUAACCUGUCGGCCUACACAAGUCCUCUACUGCUCGAUCUAAUGGAAUCAGCCAUCAAACAGGUGGAGCAUCCUAAACACACAGGCCAGACCAUCUACAGCCAGGCAGAGAAAGACGGAGGCAGCUGGAAGAUCAUUAAGCCGUUGUACCUGAACAGCGGGGCGUAUAGUUUCACAGCCUUUGGAGGAGUUCCUGCCAUGGAGCUACGCUUCAACGAGGACUCCCGCCCCUACCCAUUUGUCAACACCCCAUUGGACACCCUCGGGCGACUCCAGGAAGUCCUGGGGGGUCGUCUGGGGGUCGUGGGGCGGAGCCUAGGAGAGCUGAUUGGUCUGAUGGUGCUGCGAUUGGCUCACGACCACAUCCUGCCUCUACGCAUCACUACCUACUCCCAUACUGCACUGCAGUUCAGCGCCCAGCUCAACAAGCACUCUGCCGAGCUACAGGAGAAGAUGGGCAUGUUCGCGCCACAUGGCUAGCUAAGGUUGCUAAUUC